AUGUUCACCUUGUGCUUCGUGAGAAAAUUGAACCCCAACACCACUUCCAACGGCUCCUGCAGCUUGGCCACCUUCAGAAUUGUCUCUCCGGCGCACGUGGCGGUGUGCGUCUUUGACCGAUGUGAAAAAAAAAGUGUAAUACACCCCGUAGGAGUGUACACCGGAGCGACGACGAUAGGAUCACAGGACCAAAGUAUGUAGGAUUGACACUGGACACUCUACGUUAGUCGCUACUACAACAAUGCCUCCUGAUCCACUUGGGCUCACCUGGACACUCUACGUUAGUCGCUGAGGAGAGACUAAGAGUGCCCAGGCGCACGGGCCUUACAAAGGAAUGGCGCAUUGAUCUCCUGGGUGGCCAUUUUCACAUCCUUACCGACCAUUCCACACUUGAGCACUUUCAGACGCAGCGCACGGUCAUCUCGCGACGCCAGGCGCGCUGGCUUGACACCUUGGCCGAAUUCGAUUACGACCUCCAGUAUCUCCCGGGCAGGGAGAACAUUGUAGCCGACGCGAUGAGCAGGUACUCCUUUCCCGAGCCACUUCCCGUCAUUGUGGCCAACAUUUCGCAAGUCUCGCUCUCGGAUGUCGUCAAGCAGCAAAUUGUCGACGCGUACAAAACCGAUGCAUUCUGCCAGCAAGCCCUGAACAACAUCACGUCGGUCGCAUCGGAGUUCAAGAUUAUUGACGCAUUGCUGUAUUUACGGGGCCGGCUUGUCAUUCCACUACUAGCCCCGCUCCGUGAGUCCAUCCUGCACGAUGCUCAUGACGCGCUGGGGCACCUAGGUGAUGUAAAAAUGUACCAGACUGUUAUACAGACGUACUUUUGGCCGAACAUGUCCCGCCACGUCAAGCAAUACGUGCAACAAUGUGACUCAUGUCAACGAACCAAGGCCCGUACCACUCGCGUCGCGGGCAAGCUUCACUCCCUUCCCGUUCCAGUGCGCCCCAUGACGGACAUCGCCGUUGACUUUGUCGGACCGUUGCCAACAAACAAGGGGUUCGACCGUGUCUUGACGAUCACCGAUCGACUGUCGGGAUAUGUCCGCCUCAUCCCUGCGCGCGAAGCCGACACAGCGGCGGAUGUUGCCAACCGCUUUCAUGAGGGGUGGCAUCGUUUUUUUGGCCUGCCUCAACGCAUUGUCUCGGAUCGUGACAAGUUGUUCACGAGCAAGUUCUGGUCCGCCCUGCACAAGCGUCUGAACAUCAAGCUGCAACUUUCCUCGGCGUUCCACCCCGAGACUGACGGGCGCAGCGAGAAGACGAACAAGACCGCAUUCCAGAUCCUACGCUCGCUUGUCAACAGGGAACAAUCCAAUUGGGUUGAAUGUCUCACCGCUUGUGAGUAUGCCAUCAACUCAUCGGUCAACGUUUCGACGGGGAAGACCCCGUUUGAGCUUGUCCUGGGGUACACACCCACCCUCGCCCCGCUUGCCCCUAUUGAGGGCGACGAGGAGCUCCCAUCGGUUGAGGAGCUGCUCGCACUUCGCUUCCAGUCAUGCGAGGAGGCACGAGACCAACUCGCUGUGUCCAAAGUUCGUCAAGCCGCCCAAGCCAACAAGGACCGCGCGGAUGAACCUUCAUGGGCCGUCGGGGACCUUGUGCUGCUCGACUCAAGUGACCGCAGGAAGCGACUUCACACCCGCAAGCGCCGCGCAGCCAAGCUCAUGGACCGUUUCGACGGCCCUUAUCGCAUUGUUGCGGCGCAGCCAGGGAUCUCCACGUACACCUUGCAACUCAACAAGGACGAUUCCGCGGUACCGUUCUUCCACACGGGCAAGCUCAAGGCCUACCUCUCUGGACGUAGGUGGAGAACCCGAGUGGGUCAUCGAGGACAUCGUCGAUGAAAGGGUCCGAGCGGGGAAGACUCAAUAUUUGGUCUCUUGGGUUUCAUGGCCGUCGGAUAGCGAUUCAUGGGAGCCUGCCGAGGCACUGGAGGACACGGAGGCAUUGGAGUGUUGGGAACAUCGGAACGAGGAAUGAGAGUGUUUUUUCAGAGGGGAGCUUUGUGUCAAGGAGGGGAGAGUGUAAGGCAAGGCCUUACGACGGGCCACAGGCAUUAGAAAUAGAGCUUGCGCGCACCUAGCUUCUUCAGCUCUCUCUUCAUCGAGCUGACACCAGAAGCUAGUUGUAAUCCAUAUAACUUGCACCUGUCAUCUUCGGUCACCAGUGAGGCUCCGCUGUCCGAGACAGCGUGCCUUUCAUCUUCCAGAGCCGAUGCAACUGUUAUCCUCGAGUUCUCGCGGCAGCCAUCGGAACCUCCAACAUUGCUUGCUCCUCAGGCCCAAUCGUUCCAGCCCCCUUUACCAACUCCUGGUUGGUUUGCAAGUCGCUCGCCACCAAAAUCAGCCACAAAUGAAGCGCAAUAUGGAGUGCCCACCAGUCCCCAAUGGUCCCUAAUCUCCUCAAGGAGAUCACGAGUCCGAGCGAGCUUCUUCGGUCGGGGGAUCAAUGGGGUCAAGUGA